UGUCUAUUAUUACUGCUUCUGACAUAGAAAUAUGUUUCAGGAAGAGUGUGAGAGAGAGAAAUUAUGAAGGUAAAGGGUGCAGCGAUCUGAUUGGAGCGCACAUGCAAGAAGGCAGCAGUCAGUGGAGAUGGUUUGAAUGGUUUUAGAUGUUGCCUGCUGUGGUGCCUUGUUGUAUCCAAGAGCCAGGUUCAGGAAUGUGGAGACCUGUGGUCCCAGUGAUUCAGUCCCUUGACAAAAGACAGUUGGGAUGCUAUUGUUGGUGCCAUUAUCCUUAUAUAUACUUAUACCAGUCUGCAAUUUCAAAACCUCACUGUGUUUCUCUCAUCCCCAAAAUAUCUUUUAUGCUGCAGUAAUAAUAUAGCCAACGGGGAAUUUUAAGACUCCUGCAAGCGACUGUGUGAACUCUGAAUGUGUUUAUGACUUGCAGAUAUAAUACCAAUAAAGACAUCUAUUAUUGUAGAAAUUUGUUGGGAGUUUUUUUCCCCUUUUUUUCCUUUUCUCUCCCAUCCUUGAAUUAUGGUGACUGUGUUUCAUCAAGGCUGUCAGCAGGAGGGAUGAUGUUUAGGAUUUCAAGGUUCUUGGAGCCACGAAAGGCAAAAUCUCCUCCUCCUCGACUGUCUAAAAAUACACUCAGAAGUGAUUCCUGCAAUAAUCAUUAGAAUCUGUCAGCGUAAACACACUGAGGAUGGGAAGCCAUCACAGCUUUGAUCAUCUUACUCUCAAGUGGCUAAAAUGCCCACUCGAUGGCCAUUAUCCUGCAGAGCAUCAUGGUGCUUAAGAAAGGGGGGGGGGAUCAAAGGCUUUGCAGUCUGGGCCCCCAGACUCCCCUCCCCCACGUUUACCAUACCACCUGGGUAGGUGGGAAAGGCCGGGCAUAUCAACAUCAGAAACCACUGAAUAAUGGCAAAGAUAUGGAAAAGUCAUCUCAGUGAGUACAAUUUUAAUAAAGGCCUCCAAAUCACAAAUAGCGUAAAAACACAAGAUUGUGAGUCAUGAUAAGAUACUAUUAAACAUUCAUCCGUGCCCUGAAGGGACUUUAGGUGAAGUGCAUCAGUGAUAUUUGACCAAAACAAAAACGCCUGAAUUUCCUUAGUGGGUUCAAUCCUAACGUCCUUUUGCCCUCAAACAGUUCAGUGCUCAGUGGAAGGUGCUGGUUGAUUAAUAACAUGGUUCAGAAUUCAGCGGCACAAAGAGUUCAUGCAGGUCUUUAAUUUUAAAUCUAAAACUCCUUUAGCCCUAAAUCUUUAAUCUCUCUGAAAGACCUUCCUCGUACUUUGCCUUUUAUUUGCAAUGCAAUGAUAAAAGUCCGGGUUUUGAAUGUUUACAUCUGGCUGCACAACACAAAGCAAAUACUUCGAGAAAAGCGAGCUGCUAUCACUUUCUCCUCAUCUCCUCAUCUCAUCUCUCCUGCCAGGCGCGUCUCCUCGAGUCUGAGAGGGAGACCUCGAUGAUCCGGACGGGCUGCAGGCGGGAGAGAAGCCCCUCCCCGCAGAUCAACACACGAGACGAUGGUCCUUUUAACUUCAUUGUUGCAGAAGAAGCGACGCCCUGCUUUGCCACGGCAGAGGAUCAAACACCCCCCUCUGAUCAGCACGACCCUCAGUUCUGUUCUCAUGGAAAUCAGAGCCUGCCUCCCGGCCACACUUCCUGCAGCGGUGCAAAGUUGAAGCGCAUUCCCAGCCGGGACAGCGGAUGUUAAUGAUGUCUUGGAGGAGCUAAUCGUUUCGUUUAAUUCGUUUUCCGUGCUUCUUUUUUCGUUCCUGCUCGCAUCUGUCGGACCGCGCUCUUUUCUUUCCAACAUGCCGUCUCUGGCGCAGCGCAUUGUUUUCUGCGCGCUGCUCGGCUCCGUUUACGCGUCGUGCCCUCCGCGCUGCGAGUGCUCAGAGGCGGCUCACACCGUGAAAUGCGUCUCCAGAGACCUGCGGAGUAUCCCGACUGGGAUCCCCGGAUACACCAGGAAUCUUUUUAUAACUGGGAAUCAAAUCAGCCGAAUUGGUCCGGAGUCUUUUAAAGGGCUGGAAAAUGUGACUAACCUGUCUCUGAGCAAUAACAGAAUCUCCGAGGUGGAAUCCCAUGCCUUUGCUGGACUGUCGAGUCUUCGCUCUCUGGAUCUGAGCAACAACCAGCUGGCAAUCAUUCACCCCGAGGCUUUCACCGUGCAGAACCAGUCUCUGAGAGAGCUCAACCUGAGCCGAGCCCUCUACAACCACACCUCUGUGAUGGACUUGGCCACAUCUCUCCGCUGGAGCUCCCUGGGGACCCUGAGGGGACUGGACCUUUCUGACAACAGCCUCAUCUACUUGCCCUCACGUAUCUUCUCCCACUUGACCAGCUUGCAGCGGCUCCAGCUUUCCAACAACUCCCUGGUGGCCAUCCACAACUCCACCUUUUCGGGUUUAGACCGCCUGGAGGAGCUCGACCUGACCCUUAACGCCCUUAAGACAGUUUCCGAGGAGGGCCUGCGAGAGCUGGACUCCCUGCCUGGCACUGUACUUCUGCUGGGGGAAAACCCAUUCACAUGCAAGUGUGGAAUCGAACCUUUUGCUUUGUGGCUCAACAGAUCACAGGAGCGCAUUAGCGACGCCAAGGACCUUGUGUGCGCGUACCCGGUCAGCAUGAGGAACACAUCCAUGCUUGCUGUGGGCACGUUGACUCUGGGGUGCCACCAGAGGAACGCAGGGGCUGACCUUGCUUUGCAGACUUCUUACGUCUUCUUGGGUAUAGUCCUGGGCUUCGUCGGCCUCAUCUUCCUUUUUGUGCUUUAUCUCAACCGUAAGGGCAUCAAGAAACGGAUCUACGACAUGCGUGACGCCUGCAGGGAGGUGUGGGAGGGCUACCACUACCGCUUUGAGAUUGACUCCGGCCCCAGGUUAUCACAGAUCUCCACGAGUGGUGACAUGUGAGCAGACAAUCACCCCUGGUGUAUUUUCUAAUAAAAGUGACUCUUUUCUAAUGCAUUUGUCACCAAAUGUAAAAAUUGUACAGAUUUGUCUGUAAAUAUAUACAUACAAUAGAGUUAAUAAUCUUUCUGCCUUGUUGAUUAAAGCAUGCACUGCCCAUCUUUCCUCACUGCACAACCAGUGCACUCUUUUAAUACAGAAUAUCUCAGACUUGCCUGUCUCUACAGUCAAAUGGACAUGAAUGUUGUAAAGUGAGUUCAUUGGCUGACAUUUCUUCUAUUCUUGCCUGCUCCUCAUGUCUCCACAAAAGUAACAGCAAGUGCCUAAAGUCAGCUGGGUAUUGUUUCCUAAUCAGAGUGAUCUGAACUGAACUCAUGUUCUACAAGGCACUUUGAUUGUUUUGUGUCAAAUCUUCAUAUUUAGCUUUGUGGGGGGAAAAGGCAGCAAUAAAAUCCUGCCACUUUAAAAACAAACCUCUGGGAGCUGAAAGCACAAUAACUCAUUCAUCUUAGAAGCAUUUCAAGCCCUUUGGUCCCUCCAUACUUCAGCCCCAGGGUGCCAGAGAGGAAUUAAGCCUGAAAAGCCUUUCCAAAGCUCUCCUAAAGUCACCACUCUGGUCCUCUUUGGCUGUUGGAUUGGAAGGAGGGGACAAUUGAGUGCAGACCAGCGGAAAUCUCUUAGUACCCUCAUCUUUUUCAUGAAACGUUGCUUUGUUUCAACUCCCUGAGUUUUAUUGUCAAAAUGAUGAGAACCAGUCGUGGGCUGAGGCCGCUGAAAGCAAUCUCCCUCCCUCCCUAAAGUCAACAGCCGCUCUGAAGGCUCUUUGAAGGAAAAGUCUGGCUCUCCACGUUUUUCUGUUUAGGGGAUUUUUUCCAAUGAUAAGAUACAGAUGAUUCUGAAACUCCAACUCCAUUGUUUCAUUAAGCCGUUUGCUUUGAUCAGUUUAGAGAUUAACUAAAUAAAAAGCAAGAACAUGUUCUUAUCCUUUUGGCUUUUCUUUAUCAUUUAUGUUUUAACAAUUUGGGUUAAGCAAAAAAAAAAAAAAAAAUCUCUCCUUAGUGGUUGUUUUGAGUUCCUUAAAUAACACUGAAAUCCAGAGUAUGGCUGUCACAAUAUCAGAUUGUCACUACCUGAGUGUCGUGGUCCAAAUAUUUCACAAAAAUUGGCUUUCCAUACCGACAGAAAAUGUUUCUUGCAGCUGAAAUUUUUUUCAACAUAGUGUGUAAUAUUAACAUGCUAUCUGCAUUUUAUUUUUGAAUAUCAUAGUUAUCAUCAGUACUGGUAUAUUGUGACAGCCCUAAUCCAGAGAUGUCUGUCAAUAAACUGACAGAGCAGCCAAAAUAUUUAAACCACUGACGGGUGAAAUGAAUUACAUUGAUCAUCUCUUUACACUGCAAUGUUCUGGGAAAUCUUGGGUUCUGAACCUCAUGUGGAUAAUCUUUGACGCGUACCACCCGCCCAAAAGCUGCUGCUGACCAGGUGCCCUCAUGGCAACGGUAUUCCCCACAGGACCCAAAUCAGCCAAAGCAUUAAAGUCCCAGACACGCCAAACCAACAAAGAAGAAUAAGCAACGACAAAGGGUGGCUGUUGCGUGGCAUCAUGUGAGCUAAAAAGUUUCACUUGAACUAGCAUGUUCUGCUUUUUUGUUUGACAGGACACGAUAGUCUUCUUUUCAAAUGUCAUAUGUGCUCUGCUUGGUUUUUUGAAGUUGCUGCAUGACAAAAGCACUCUGUGGCCUUUUGAUGUUACAGAGACACACACACGAGACAAACACAGGGAGAAAGAGGGAGGUGGAAAGCUGCCAAGUGUUUAUUGCUCAAAUUGCUAGCUAUCUAGGUAUUUGAAAUGGGGGGGGGCUAAAUGAGCCAGCCUCCAAUUGUUAGAAGCCAAAGUAACAUCUUCAGUCCUAUCAAGAUGUUCUCCAGACUCCUCUGAUAACGAUCCAGAAAUGUUAACAUAGGGCCAUCUUACUGCAUGUGUACUGACAAAAUAAAGCUUUUAAAAAGUCAUGAUGUCUGUAUACUCAUUUAAUGCAAGUGUAAUCUUUUGUGUUACGACGCAG